CAGAAACUCUUGCACCCACUCCCUUUGGCUCCCCUCCCUGCAAAUCACUAAAUAUGUCCUUCCCACACAGCCGCUGAGCUCCGCUGGCCCAGAGCCCGUGACACUGAAUUGUCUUUCUGAUUCAAUAAUCCAGCAGAAUUCCACCAGCCCACUGCCCCCACCUCGCCCCAUGGAAGCCUAGGAUUCCUUGUUCAACCAAGACCCAAAGAGUACCAUCCUCCUUCACUGACACUUGCAGCACAAGGCACAUGGUGGGAAGGUCUGUUCCAGACACCAAAACACAUCUCAGGAAAAGCAGCAACAUUUUGCAAGGCUCAAGGAUUUCUGGUACAUCAGUGGCAGGCCAAGAAGGAGCACCUCUUCUACUGCUAUGAAAGGAAACCUCUAAGCUCUACCCCUGUACCAUCAACUAUUGUCCUCUACAAGAUCUGGAAAACAUGAAGGCUGUAACCCUCUUCAUUUGUCUUGUAGGACCAGUUUUUGCUAUUUCAACCCAUCCUGUAAACCACAAGCUCAGAACUCACAGACAGAAAACUCCAGAAAAGAGUGAAUAUAUUCAUCCAGAAGCUUCAAAGGAAGAGAACACAGGGUAUGUAGAUGAGGAUGAUUUGCUGCCCACUCCCAGAAACUUAAAACCAGGCUCUGAAGACAGGGAUGGGCCCCAGACCAUGAGGAAGCAAGAAAGAACUGGGAGCAAGCAUCAAGUGAAAAACAGCCUGAAAAGCAUCGAUUUCCUUGCACUGCACAAUAAACUAGGUUUGGCUUCAGAUACCCAGGACAGUGACUCUGGGAGCAGCGGCAGAGAACAGUCCAGCUCUGAGCAUGACCAGCUCAGGAACCAUGAGAAACAUAGGAACACGGCAAACCAACACCUUCCAGGCCAUACAGAACACCCAGUGGGUGCUUUCAGCCUUGAGCAUGAGCAUAACAUGUGGAAAUAUAACAAAAAUGCUGUUGGCCUGUCUGAAAAAAACAGUGAAAGCAAUGAUGAGGAAAGCAUGGAAGAAGAGGACGAGAAAUGGGGUGAAGAAACUGAUUACAGAGACACAAAACACAAAGACCAUCAGACACAUCAAGGUGACCAAUACAAAAGACAGGAACAUGAGAACAGCAUGCAAUUAGAUGAUGAACUGAGAGAUUCCAGACAACUAACCUGGAAAACCAAGAGACACAGCAAGAAAUUUGACCUAGAGGAAGAAGAGAGGGAGAACAGGAAGAAGUCCUAUGAAGAAGAAAUCCCCCUCUCUCAAAAAACCCAUAAUGAAUAUCAGGAUGGCAAACAGCAAAGUCAAGAGAGAAACUACCAUAUUCAAGUGAACUACCAGAGUGAUCAUGACACGGUGGGGAAAACACAAGAUAGGGAAGACAGUAAUGAUGAUGACAGUCAUGACAGUGGUGGUGAGGAAUAUCUCAGCAAUACCUGGAAAGAAACAGCCUAUGAGGAAGAGGAGAGAAUCCAGAGUAACGACCAGGAGAGCACCAGUACCGAGGCUGGAGGGGAAGGAACCAUUGAAGAUGACACUGCAGUUCACAGAGACACUGAAGAUUACCAAGUUGUCAAAAUUAAAGACCUUGCUCACUCUGAACAAGAUUACUAUGCUCAUGAGCCACCCAAUUCUGACAACAAGCAGCAACUGAAAAUGAGUAGCUCCAUUCAGAACAUGAAUUCAAUGGACAGUGAAGAUAAGGUUAAGACUACAGACAGUUCCCAUGGUGAGAUGGAAAGUGUCAGCAGCAGGAAUGAGGAGGCUCUCGUUGGACUGCCAGACACAUGUCGGAACUUCCACUGCAAAAGAGGCAAAGUCUGUCAUGCAGACAAACAAGGGAAACCCCACUGCAUUUGCCAAGAUCCUGCUGCUUGCCCUCCCACCAAAGACUAUGAGCAUGUUUGUGGUACGGAUAACAAGACUUAUGAUGGCACAUGUCAGCUCUUUGGCACCAAAUGUCAACUGGAAGGGACAAAAAUAGGACGCCAACUGCACCUAGACUAUAUGGGCUCCUGCAAAUACAUCCCCCCCUGUACUGAUUAUGAAGUGGAUCAGUUUCCCCUCCGGAUGCGAGACUGGCUUAAGAACAUCCUUAUUCAAUUUUAUGAACGUGACCUGAACACUUCUGGGAUUCUAACUGAAAAGCAAAGGAAUAAGGUAAAAAAGAUCUAUCAGAACGACAAGCGCCUUGGGGCUGGUGACCACCCGGUUGAGCUGCUCCUGCAUGACUUUGAGAAAAAUUACCACAUGUAUGUGUAUCCUGUGCACUGGCAGUUUCACCAGCUUGACCAGCACCCUGUUGACAGAUUAUUAACACACUCGGAGCUUGCACCCUUGAGAGCCUCCCUUGUUCCCAUGGAACACUGCAUUACCCGUUUCUUCCAAGAGUGCGAUGGAGACAAGGACAAACUCAUUGCUUUGAAGGAAUGGUGCCACUGCUUUGGGAUUAAGGAAGAGGACAUAAAUGAAAAUCUCCUUUUCUGAGCCCAGCUGAACAGACUCCCACUACUGUACUAAAAUUGAUGAAUCCUGCUUACUUUCGUAAUUAACAGCUUAACAGCCUUCAAGAAAAUGGUGGAAUGAGGUUCACUGAACUCUUACCAAACAACCCAAGUGCAGAAAAUUCCUACAUUCAUUAACAGCAGAAAAGUUUAACUACUUCAUAGCUAAAAAACAGUGUUGCCCCCCCACAUGUAUCCAUGAUCUUUCUGAACCAAUAAAUACUACUAACCUAAUGACUAUACUGUUUACAAAACUCUUCAGUAGAAUUAUAGAAUGUAGAUGUUAUCACCCACUGAAAUGGGAUCUGUUUCCUUUAUUUACUGUAUUGUCAGCUUAACACGCUGCAUAGAAGUCUCAAAUAAAAUAGAAGUCUAUUGGAGAUAUGGGUUUCAUCACAACUUUGUUGAAGAAAAUUGUGUUUCUUGCACCUUUGCCCAUCUUUUGCUCUCCUCAAGAGAGGCACAAUUUAAGCAUAAAAAAACUCAGG